AACGUUCUGCGUUGGAUUACUUUUUUUCUUUUAAUUCUGGAUGUAAACUCUUAACAAUCCCACGAUUUAUACGGGCUGUGGAUCAGCAGCCGCAUUUUAAGAUGACACAGUUAGGCUCUUAGAUCACCGGCAGAGACACCUGUCUGACCGGAAGUUGUGAUGACGCUGCUACCUUCCUGUAAACAUCCCAGGCAUUUCGAGUCAUUCUUUCGGACAGUCAUUUUUUUUUUUUUUUUUUCCUCCGUUUCGCCAGAAUGUCGGCCACAGUCCCCACGCGUCGUUUCCACGGGCCCCUGGGCCUUGAUGAGCGUCCCUAACCCCUAAAGACAGGAGCGGGGCUGGGCCGAGCCCUGGAAGCCAGCAGGAUGGGGAACAGCACAUCAGCAUCUUUGGGGAACUCAGCAACUGCUCCUGUGAAUCAGAUUCAAGAAACAAUUUCUGAUAACUGUGUGGUGAUUUUCUCAAAAACAUCUUGUUCUUACUGUACAAUGGCAAAAAAACUUUUCCAUGACAUGAAUGUUAAGUAUAAAGUGGUGGAAUUGGACAUGCUUGAAUAUGGAAGUCAAUUUCAAGAUGCUCUCUACAAAAUGACCGGUGAAAGAACUGUACCAAGAAUAUUUAUCAAUGGAACUUUUAUUGGCGGUGCAACUGACACUCACAGGCUUCACAAAGAAGGGAAAUUGCUUCCACUAGUUCAUCAGUGUUAUUUAAAAAAAAGUAAGAGGAAAGAAUUUUAGUUAUGUAGGCGCUCAUAAUGUUGCUAGUAAAAUGUUGCUAGUAAAGUGAUAAUGCCUGAUAAUGCCUUUUAAAUGUUUGAGGAUGUUUUAAAUUUGUAAAUUGUCUUCCCGAAAAAGUUGUAAAACAAUAAAUUGCUGUGGAAUCUC